GGAGGAGGAGCAGUCCCGCGCAUGCGCAGUGGCGGCGGGAUUCUGCCCCUCCAUGACAUCCAGCGGGACUGAGUGAGUGCGCGCACACGGAGAGAGCCGCGAAAUACAUGAUCCUCCUCCAGACCCCGCUCCAGCACGUUAUAACGCGUCAUUAGGCGUCAAGCAGCCACACACACACACCGACGGUCGAGAUGAGGAUGAAGAAGAGCGCGCACGCGGAUGAGGAGAAGCGCGCUCCCUUCAGGAACCCGUUCGUGCACGAGCUGCGCUUCACGGCUGCGCAGAAGCUGCAGAUCGGCCUGAUGACGCUGACGCUCUUCCCCAUCCGCCUCUUCAUCGCCGCCUUCAUGAUGCUGCUGGCCUGGCCCUUCGCCUUCAUCGCCACUGUGGGGCGCUCCGAGAACACUGUGGAGACACAGAGACUAUGGAGGAGGCUGGUGGACGUGGCUCUGCGCACCAUCAUGCGGGUCAUGUGGUUUGCUGGUGGCUUCCACUGGAUCAGCAUUAAAGGCAGGCCGGCUCCGCCCGCUGAAGCCUCCAUCCUCACCCUCGGCCCGCACUCCUCGUAUUUCGACGCCAUUCCCGUUACCAUGACGAUGGCAUCCAUCGUGAUGAAGGCUGAGAGCAAAGACAUCCCGCUGUGGGGCACUCUGAUCAAAUACAUCCGGCCGGUGUUUGUGUCUCGAUCGGACCAGGACUCCAGACGCAAAACAGUGGAGGAGAUCAAGAGGAGAGCGCAUUCUGGAGGAGCCUGGCCACAGAUCAUGAUAUUUCCAGAAGGGACGUGCACCAAUAGAUCCUGCCUGAUCACGUUUAAACCAGGAGCUUUUAUUCCAGCAGUUCCUGUUCAGCCGGUGGUGAUCCGCUACCCAAACCAGCUGGACUCAAUCACCUGGACAUGGCAGGGCCCUGGAGCAAACGAACGUCCAGUGUGUGUGUGUGUGUGUGUGUGUGUGUGUGUGUGUGUUUCUCAGUAUCUGCCCACUUACUCGCCCUCAGAGGAGGAGAAGAAGAACCCGGCACUCUUUGCUAACAAUGUGCGCCGCCUGAUGGCCAAAGCGCUGCAGGUCCCCGUCACAGAUUACUCCUUCGAGGACUGUCAGCUGGCGAUGGCGGAGGGGCAGAUCCGCCUGCCCGUACACACCUGCCUGCUGGAGUUCGCCAAACUGGUGCGCAGUCUGGGACUGAAGCGGCAGGACUCGGAGCGGCUCCUGCGGGAUUAUGGGAGCAGAGCUGUGAAGCUGCAGGGCGAGAGACUCAGUCUGGAGGGAUUCGCUCAGUUCUUGGACCUGCCUCAGUCUGAGAUGCUUAGAGACAUGUUCACGCUGUUCGAUGAGAAUGAAGACGGCUCGAUUGACGUGCGGGAGUUCGUGAUCGCUUUCUCUGUGGUGUGUCGACCUGCUAAAACUCUGGACACCAUCAGGCUGGCCUUCAGGCUGUUCGAGGCAGAUGAGGACGGAGCGAUCACAGAGAAUGAGCUGAUGUGUGUGUUGCGGACGGCUCUGGGUGUUGCGGAGCUCAGAGUCGGCCGGCUGUUCAGAGCCAUCGAUGAGCAGGACUCGGGGAAAAUCACAUUCGAGUGUUUCAGGGAGUUUGUGGAUCAUCAUCCAGAUUUCGCGGCGCAGUUUCUGUACUCAGAGAACACAGGCUUCAGCAGCAGCUCCCCGACUCACGCCAACGGCUUCUGUGCAGACUUCAGUCCCAGUGAACAGCAACAACAUCAACACCAACAGCAACACAAACAGCUCCAGCAGCAGCAGCGGCGGCAGAAACAGCACUGAGCACGCUCUCCUCCUCCUCCUGCAGCAUUUCUCACCCGCCACGCUUUUAUUCUUUCAAGAGCAAGUCAAGGGAUUUUUUUUUGCUAAAUCAAAUACUUGAAAGCCGAGCACUCGUUUGUUUUGUCAUCGGUUGAUUUAUCUGUGUGCAUGAUCCUGAGGCGGCGCACACGCGGAUCCGCGCAGUUUCUGCUGUUCUGCGGGUCUGCACAUGCUCAGUCAGUGUUUGCAUGGCAGUAUUCUUCCGUGUUUGUGUGUGUGUGUGCGUGUGCGUGUGUGCGUGUGCGUGUGUGUGUUUGGAGCGCCGGUGACGGAUCUCUGAGCUCUGUCUCCUCUGCUGGACGAGCUGCAGGUCUGAGGUGCAACACACACACACACUGAACAGCAGCUUUUACUGCGCAGCGAUUCAGCCCACAACUCCGGCUGCAGGGAAACGGCUUCAGCUUUCUGUAGGGUGUGUGUGUGCGCGUACAUGUUUGUAUGUGUGUGUGUGUGAGUGCACUCAUGAAGUUGUGUGUGCAUGCAUGGUUAUAUGUGUGUGGACAAGAGAGUGCACUCUUACAGUUGUGUGUGUGUGUAUGCAUUUGUGCCUGUGAGUGUGCGUGCAUUUAAGUGUGUGUGUGUGUGUGUUUUGCAUGUGUGUGUGUGUUCUCCUUUCAUACGGUCCAUUCAUAUUCAUAAAGUCCAACGACCAGUUGAUGAUCAGUCAGAGGGGUUUCUGGGUCAUCGUUGGGUUGUUUUAGUUGAUUUCCUUCAGGUACUGAACUAAAGAACUGCGUUUAAACGGACCAAAUCCAGAAUAAAGACUGUGGUGACGUUAGAGAAUCAGGAAUCUGAAGCGUGACAUUCAGAGUUCUCCUCAACGCUAGAGCGUUUACCUUUUGAUAAUCUCACAUAUUCCUGUAUUUUUCUAUUUUCCACUCCAGCGAUUCGGCCAAUCACAGCGUCUCGUUUCUAGUGUUCUAGCCGUGCUUUUGCUUUGGCAUCAAGUCUUCCCUUCUGCAGGUCUGGUGAACAAUCGUCACUCUGACGCCCGUAUUAUCGCCAGAUCUCCUGAGUUCAGUUUGUGAAUAGCUCCACUGCCGAAUGUUUACCAGUUACAGAUGUAUUUAUUCUCGUUUUGAACCACGUCGUGAGGCCGAGCGCAGUUUAUUUCCUCACGUUUCGGUCUCAAAGAAAUUAGAUUGAAGACUUUAUUUUGCUAUAAACGCUGUGAUUAUUGAUGACGGUCAGUUUUUCUAUGUUUUUUAAUGGCUAAUCAGUUUACAGUCAGUCAGUUUAGCGUUAUUAAAGUCGGUCGGCAGACUGCGUUUGUUAUCAGAUCAUCAGCCGCUCCUCGCUCUUCAGUUGUCCAGUGUAAUCCUCAACAUUUCAGCCCAGCAAUAUUUCAGCAGCGUCGCCACCUUUGUAAAUCUAUUUCUGAUAUGUAUUUUGAAUAUUCCGAGUGCGGGGCAUUUUGUGAAUUUUGAUAUACAUAAAAGAAUCUCACUGCCGUGACAGAUCUGAGAUCAGACCGAGUAUGAUAACUAGUCUUUCUGCAUUAUUAUAUCUGUUAGCGCUGCCAUCUCCUCCAGACUGCUGGUGUUGAAUGUGGGCGUACCGAGCGUCCGUCAGUGCUCAUCGGCCGGAUCUUCAGUCUCUCUGAGCGCAUGAAGGCCGAGUCUCGCUGUCUGACUUUACUUUCAGUCUGAUUCCUCCUGUACUUUCUCUCUUUAGUGAGUUCUGUCUGUGCUGCUGAACUCUUCAUCUGACUGCCGGUUGCUUGGACUGAGCAGAGGGGGGUUGUAGGAUUGCCCUGGAACUGAUUAUCUGUGUUUAUAGAGGAGAGUCUCUCCAAUCUGUCUUGUUUACACUCGCAUGACAAAGAAUACUAUAGUAAUCCAUUAUAAAGGCUGUAGGGCUUUUGAACCUUAAUGAAGUACUGGAAUUAAUCUGCAGUGAUUCUACGGUUGCAUUGGCAACACAACAACUGUAGUUAAUCAUCUGUCGUUAUGAUUAUACGGUUGCUAUGGCAACACAACAACUGUAGUUAAUCGUCUGUUGCGGUGAUUCUACGAUUGCUAUAGCAACACAAAUACUGUAGCAAAUCAUCUGUCGUUAUGAUUCUACAGUUGCUAUGGCAACACAACAACCAUAGUAAAUCAUCUGUUGCUGUGAUUUUACAGUUGCUAUGGUAACACAACAACUGUAGUAAUUGAUCUGCCGCAAUGAUCCUUCAGUUGCUAUGGCAGCACAACAACUAUAGUAAUUGAUCUGUCGUGGUGAUUCUACAGUCGCUAUGGCAGCACAACAACUGUAGUAAUUGAUCUGUUGCUGUGAUUUUACAGUUGCUAUGGCAACACAAGAACUGUAGUAAUUGAUCUGCCGCAAUGAUUCUGCAGUUGCUAUGGCAACACAACAACUACAGUAAUUGAUCUGUCGUGGUGAUUCUACAGCUGCUAUGGUAACACAAUAACUGCAGUAAUAUAAACAAAUGCGCCAGUACUGUAGUUUUCUACAACUGUAGGGUAUAUUAUACUGCAAUACACCACCGUUUACUGUAGUAAAAACUGAAACAUACUACAGUUAAAUCAGUUCACUCUAGUUAACAGCACAGUAUGCUGGAGCAUUGAUUAAUAGUGUUGAAGAUACUUUAUUAUAUACAGUAUAAUAUACUCUAGUAUGGUUCAGAAACACUAACAGCAUUUCCUAGACAUUACUGUAGUAUUUUCUCAAGUGGGCUUUGGUUACUGUUAAAAAAAACGAGACAAUGAAGCACAUUCUCAUUAAAAUAAUGCAAGUUAAUUUGAAUUUGGUUAACAACAUCAGUAUUUUACAAUUACAGUAUGAUAUUAUUGUGUGUGUUGCCUUCCUAAAGAAUAUUUCAUUUAGUUAAAGGGAUAGUUCACCCACAAAUCAUUAUGUGCUUCAGUAUUUGCCCUCCCUCAAGCAUGCCCAAGCCUUUAUGAGUUUCAUCUGUUGAACCCAAAGGAAGAUGUUUUGAAGAAUGAUGAAAACAAGUUACCACUGAUGUCCAUAGCAGGAAAAAUAAACAGUGACCGGUUUUCAGCAUUCUUCAGAAUGUCUUCUUUUGUGUUAAUCAGAAAUAAUAACUCAUAAAGGCUUGAAGCAGUAGAGUGAGUAAAUGAUUUCCAUUGUUGAGUGAACCGUCCCUUUAACAGAAUUGUUUUAACUCCAUUAAAUCGUUAGUUUUAUUUGGAGAAAAUAAACUCAAAGGUUAGGUUACAGUUUUUCCUAUAAUAUUUUAACCCAGUUAUUGUGUUUGUCUAAAAUACAGAUGAAGUCAAAAUUAUUGAUAGCCGUCAUGUGAUUUGCUUUUAUAUUUCUAUUUUUCCUAAAUUUAGUUGAACAGAUUCAGGAGUUGUUGACAGUGUUUCCUCUAAUGUUUGUUCUUCUGGAGAAAGUCUGAUUAGUUUUAUUUGUGCUAGAAUAACAGCAGUCUUUAAUAGUGUUAAAGUCAUGUUAAGCUCAAUAUUAUUCACCCCUUCAGCAAUAUUAGUGUUGGAUUGUCUCCAGAACAAACCACUGUUAUACAAUGACUUGCCUAAUUACCCUAACUUUACCCUCAUUACCCUAGUGAAGCCUUUACAUGCCACUGUAAGCUGAACACUAGUGUCUUGAAGAAGAUCUAGUCUAAUAUCAUUUACUAUCAUCGUGGCAAAGACAAAGACUUUAGUUAUUAGAGAUGAGUUAUUAACACUGUUAUAUUUACACAUGUGUUCUCUGAUAAACAGAAAUUGGGGGAAAUUCUCAAAGCAUUCAACAGGACGGCGAAUAAUUCUGACUUCAGCUGUGUGUGGACGGUUACAGUGAGAGCGUACAGUAAAGGUGUCCGACUGAUGAAUGAGUUCCUCUCAGUGAUGUUGAUCUGAACUCCUCUGUGCUUCUCAGGCUGUUCUGUGUGUCGAGCUCAAGAAGAAAAGCCCGUUCUGGCUCUUUCUGACGGCUCUUCUGCCACGUCCGGUCUGUUUUCUGUUCUCUGGCUUUAUUUUCGGAUGUUUUCGAGAGUCGUGUGUACAGAUGACCUGGUCUGCUCUGCUGGACUACUGUGAAAUGACUGUCAUGCGGACUCUUGAAGAAUAAAAAGGGACAUUUGAGCACGA